UUUAUCGAUUACGAGUACGAAAAUGCUUCUCUCUCCCCUUCCGCCCAAAACGUAGCUCGAACAAACGCCCACCCAAGGAAACCGACGCUCUUAGCUUCAUGAAUGACAUGAGCAUCGCAUCUCUGAUUUUCUCUCCCUCCCAAAGUUUUACCCUAAUUUCGCAAAUCCUCUUGAUCAUUCUUCGCCUCGAAAUCUGAAUUAAUCCAUCGCAAAUCUAAUUGGCUAACCCCCUAAUAGAUUUCCAUUUUUGUUUGUUUUUCUUCUUCUCUAUCAAUUUUCUUUCCUCUGAUGCUCUGAAUAACUAGCUACCUAAUUCGCCAUGAAAACUACUUCGCGCUCAUCCAAACACAAGAAGACGAAACACUCUCAGAAACGUAGCAAGAAGAGAACUAAAAGCAGUAGGGUGAAAACGAAGAAAUCGAAACUACAGGAUCAUUCGAUUUCGUGUUCAGAUGAAGAUCUGGCAUCGACUUCAUCAGUAUCGUGUUCUAGUCCACGGGACGAUCGAAGAGUAAAAAGAGAGGUAUCUAAGGACAGAAGGAAUAGGAAAGAUAAGAAGAGGAUCAAGAGAAGCAGUUUGAUGAGUGGGAGCAGUGAGGAUGACUCUCCUCGUGUUAAGAAGUCGAAGAAAUCGAAGAAGAGUAGAGGAGGUUCUGACUCUAGGAAGAAGCGGCAUGUUAAGAGGCGAAAGAGAGAUCGUAGUGUUAGUCCUUCUAGUAGUCGGUCUAGGAGCUGCGAUGAUAAUGAGGGAGAAGUUGAGAGGAAAAAAGAGAAGGUAGAAUCAAAGGAACGGAAGGGGAGAGAGAAGAGUAAGGAAAGAGGUGCAAGUAAGAGGAGUAGGCAUAGGUCAAGAAGUGGCUCUCUGUGUAGCUUGCAUAGUGAAAGUAGUACUUAUUGUAGUGAGGAGAGAGUGUUGGAGAAGAAUGUUCCUAUGAGAUUGAAAUCUGUUAUAGUUGUUAAGGAAAGUGAGGUUUUCGAAGAAGAAGAUUCCAAUAGGGAUGACAGACAUGAAGAUGAAAUAGUUUGUGAAUUUGAUGACUAUCCUAGCAAGAGCAAUGAUAGCAAUGAUGUUGUUAGCGGUAGAGAAGCAAUAUCAAAUUCGCAUGAUGUUAGUUCGGAAAGAAUGUCCAUGGAUGAACCAAUUAGGGAUUGUAUUGCUUAUGAUGCCAAGAGUUUAAAAGUCCCAAUAAUCCAAAGAGAGGUUGUUGAGGGAAGUUCAACUUAUGUCAGGUCCAGGGUCGAUGAUCCCCUCAUUGAAAAUAAGACUGCCACUGCUAGUUCAAGUCAUUAUGAUCUUGAAGCAAUCUUAAGGCAAAAAGCCUUGGAAAAUCUACUGAAGCGCCAAGGUGAAUUAUGUGUAAAGAUGCCUAGCGAUAGGAUUAGUGACCAUGAUAUUGAAGUGAAAAAGUCUUAUAAUGUAAAGGCUCGACCUGUUAAGCAGCAUAUUUCUCAUGACAAGGGAAACAUAAAAUCUACCCCAAAAGGAGUAAAUGUUAUAGAUGAUGUUAGAUAUACUGGUCCUUCAGUAAACACUGGUCUUUCCAUUGAUAAUGAUUCUCGCCUACCUAGCGUGAAGGUGGAAACUUCCCAUCCAGAAGACAAGGGUAAGCCCCCUUGUGAUUUUGUUGAUAGCAGACCUAAUGUUAGCUUAUCCACGCCAAGGAAAGAACUUCUAGGAGCAAAGAACACCUGGAAGCGACAGUUGAUUGCACCAGAAUCUUCUCUGAAAAAUCUGUCAGCUCCUAGAGAAAUGACAGUGAAGGAUUCUAAAAAGCGGUUGAUCUCACAAGAAUAUUCUGAGCCUAAAUUUUCAGCACCUCAAAAAACUAUUAGUAAGGACUCCAGUAGGGAGUCUACAUUUCCACGACUUGAUUCCAAAGGUGGCACUGAAAAAGUUGAUGAUGUUGUUGUUUCUGAGGCUUCUGCCUCUGUUGAACAAAAUACUAAUGAGCAGACCGAUAAAGGUGAGGAGGAGGCGCAGUUUCAGCAGAAAACAAUGUCUGUCAAGCGGGGUGGCGAAAUGGUGCAGGUAAGUUACAAGGUUUAUAUCCCGAAGAAAGCCCCUGCUUUAGCCAGAAGGCAACUGAAACGGUGAUUCAGAGUGCAUGGAUUAUUUUUAUGCUGCUGACUGCUCUCAAAGAACUGUAAGUAUACUUGAAGGAGAUAGAGCUUUGACUUCUGUAUCUAGUCGAGUUUUGGUUCCUGUGGUUGAUAUGGAAAUGAGCAGGCAAAUCAUGAGCAAAAUCUGAUGAGACACAGUGGCAGGUUGAGUCUUUUAAUAGUCUAUUUUUAAUUGUUGUGUUUUUCCUGCUGCUUUCCCUUUUCUUGCUGAAUGAUGAUCUUCAAAUAGCUGUCUUACUAACAUCCUGUUCAUUGAUCUUAAAUUGCUGAAAUUACAUGUUCUCUUGUUGGACCUGAUGCUGUACUACUAUGGCUUUUGUAUCUUUAUAUAUAGAAGUUUGUAAAGCUCUGAAGUGUAUACAUUCACUUUGAAUUUAGAAGAACGCUUUUUCAUUCUGUAACCGAUAGUGGGAAUGCGUUUGUUUAUUUAAAGACUAGCUCCUUUUUCCGUUUUUAAGGGGUUUUAAUUUUUGGUAGUAGUCUUGGAUGCCACCCCAUGUGGGUAAAUUGUGCAAUGUAUAUUUGCCAUUAUGGUACUUUUGUUCU